CAAAAGACUCCUCUCCCCCUUCCUCUUCCUCUCACCCCCUCCAAUCAGCCUAUCUGGGAAACCUGGGAACUUUCUCCUUCCAGAGCUCCGGCAGCUAGAUCCACCCAGCUUAUCUAUCUCCAUCGCCAUCUUGCUCUGCACCGGGUAGCUUAGCUUGUCCUCUGCGUGUGGGAGGUAGUUGAAGAUGGGGCGGGGCAAGAUAGUGAUCCGGCGGAUCGACAACUCCACGAGCCGGCAGGUGACGUUCUCGAAGCGGAGGAACGGGAUCUUCAAGAAGGCCAAGGAGCUGGGUAUUCUCUGCGAUGCCGAGGUCGGUCUCGUCAUCUUCUCCAGCACCGGCCGCCUCUAUGAGUACGCCAGCUCCAGCAUGAAGUCAGUGAUAGAUCGAUAUGGACGAGCCAAGGAGGAGCAGCAACUUGUUGCAAACCCCAACUCGGAGCUUAAGUUCUGGCAAAGGGAGGCAGCAAGCUUGAGACAACAACUGCACAACUUGCAAGAAAAUCAUCGGCAGUUGACGGGACAAGAUCUUUCUGGAAUGGGUGUCAAGGAACUGCAGACUCUAGAAAAUCAACUGGAAAUAAGCCUGCGUUGCAUCCGGACAAAAAAGGACCAAAUCUUGAUUGAUGAGAUUCAUGAACUGAAUCACAAGGGGAGUCUUGUCCACCAAGAAAACAUGGAAUUAUACAGAAAGAUUAACCUAAUUCGUCAAGAAAAUGCUGAGUUACAAAAAAAGCUCUCUGAGACGGAGGCAGCGACUGAAGUUAACCGAGAUUCAAGAACUCCAUACAAUUUUGCAGUUGUUGAAGAUGCCAAUGUUUCUGUUGAUCUUGAACUCAAUUCACCGCAGCAACAAAAUGAUGUUGAGCAUACUGCGCCCCCUAAACUAGGAUUGCAACUACAUCCAUGACGAUCGUGGGGUAUGGGAUUACUCCUGUUGUUAUUAUUCUCAAGGGAUACAAUUCAGAGCAGCCAGAAUACUCUUGGUUGUAAAGAACCUAAACCCAUAGCAAGACAUAAGUGGUUCGCAUGACGACCGAUUGAUAAACGGUAGUGUAAAUCUGUUACAAAUAAAAUGUACUCCAUGGAAGGAUUAAUCUGUUGUGCAAAUGGUUGUAUUAGAACUAUUUAACACAUUCUGCGAGUUUGUUCAACUGCAUGAGCGGCUAGCUUAUUGACAAAAGGUGUGAAGUGUGGAUUGAGCAAAAUUCAGUUACCA